UAUAUAUAUUUAAAUACAUACAUAUUUGUUUAGAUAUAUAAUAUAUUUAUAUAUAGAUAUGUAUAUUGUAAUGUGUGUGUGGUCCACGUAUAGUACUGAUUCAUGCAGGAUGACUCAAAUUAAGGGUGGAAUACCAGUGCUGUGCGUCUAGAGAUGUUGGUUUUACAGAUCCUAUGAGGCUGUAAAAUGGAUACCAAUAGAACAAGAGCAUAGGAAGUAGUGGAAGAUAUAUAGAUAACGAGUGGUGGACUCGAGAGGAGGCCGGGCACUCGAAGGAAUAUUGUGUCAGUAACCAGAGGGGACUGGCUAUAGGCAAUAUUUGUUGCGACUAUUUAAGACAAGGUUGUGGGAUGAUUAGUCUUCAUAAGCUUGUAAGUUAUUACACUACUUUGAUGAUAUGAACUAUAACGCUAUUUCACUCUAAAACCGUUCGUGAAGUCAACAAGUUACUCACAAUCAAAGUUAUUAGAUAGUUGAAUUAAACUAGUAGACAUGUCAGCAGCUAUGAAGUUUAAGUCCUUCAAUGGGGGCAUCGAUGGCAGAGCUUCACCGUAUGGAGACGGUGGUGAAGGUGAAAGAGUUGAGAACCGGUUGGAGGUUAAUCAAGAUGCACCAUUUAGAGUGAUCAGGGAGUUUGGAGAGAAUUCCUUCUCCAAACUCCCUGAUGUGAGCUUGGUCGGAUGGCACCUGUUGUUAAUUGGCAACCGUGCUCUGGAAAGAACUGCGGCGACAGCUUUGGACCCGUUUAAUUUGGGCAAUUAUAACACCGGCCGGACAACAAGAGCAGCGGCAGUUGAAGAAGUGACUACUGACCCGCGAAGACUGCUGGGUCAAAAAUUAUUUGACGCGUUGGUAGAAUAUGUGGUGGUUUAGAGGGACACUGCUCGUGGUUCACUUGACUACAAUAGAAUCAUUGGUAGUUACGAUGGUAUCUGGG